AUGGUGGCGGCGACGCAGAACCUGCGGCGGCUGGAGGCGCAGCGCAACGAGCUCAACUCCAAGGUGCGACUGCUGCGCGAGGAGCUGUCUCUGCUGCAGGAGCCGGGGUCGUACGUCGGCGAGGUCGUCAAGGUGCUGGUGAAGGUGCAUCCCGAGGGGAAGUACGUCGUCGACAUUGACAAGACGAUUGACAUCACAAAGCUGAAUGCCAACGACCGCGUCGCGCUGCGCAACGACUCGUACACGCUGCACCUGGUGCUGCCGUCCAAGGUGGACCCGCUCGUCUCGCUGAUGAAGCUCGAGAAGGUGCCCGACUCGACCUACGACAUGAUUGGCGGCUGCGACAAGCAGAUCAAGGAGAUCAAGGAGGUUGUGAUGGCGACGAACCGCAUCGACAUACUCGACUCGGCGCUGCUCCGGCCCGGCCGCAUCGACCGCAAGAUCGAGUUCCCCAACCCGAACGAGGACGCGCGGCUCGACAUCCUGCGCAUCCACUCGCGCCGUAUGAACCUCACCCGCGGUAUCGACCUGCGCAAGAUCGCCGCGCAGAUGAACGACGCCUCCGGCGCGGAGACCAAGUCGGUCUGCACCGAGGCGGGCAUGUUUGCGCUGCGCGAGCGGCGCGUGCACGUGACGCAGGACGACUUUGAGAUGGCGGUGGCCAAGGUGAUGAAGAAGGACAACGAGAAGAACAUGUCGCUCAAGAAGCUCUGGAAGUGA